AGUCGGUGUUGCAGGGAUGCGGCGGCGGGAGCAGCCGCCCUGACUCGGGGAGCAUCCUCCUUCGAGCGGCACCGCGGCUGGGCGGGUGGACCGGCAGGCGGGCGGGGACGCCGUGGGGAGCGAGAGAGGCGCGAGGCCGGCCGACACCGCUAGCCUUGGCUCUACUACCCGCCGGAGACGGGGAGGCCCCGGGGCUCUGAUCACCACCCUCCAGCUCCUGGUGCCCCUAGAACCAGGCCUCCCUCCCCCAUCUUCCGUCGGAGCCCGCACCGGGGGAGGGGCGCCUCCGCCGCAGCCCCGGGGAAGCCGGCACCCGGGCCUCUGCGCGCCUUGCCUGGCGGCCAAGCCCAUGGCACUGUGAGCCGGCGAGGGAGCCCCGCUCGGCGCGGGGGGCGCCCGGCCCCCUCCCCGCCCCAUGCACCCGCGGCUCUGAAGCCUGAGCGGGGCCGGGGGCCGGGCGGGGCCGGGGCCGCCAGAGGCAUGGCGCCCGGGAGCCCGUGGCGGCCGCCGUCGCUGCCGCUGCUGCUGUUGCUGACGCUGGCGGCGGGCGCGGGCGGCCUGGAGUUCGGAGGCGGUCCGGGGCAGUGGGCUCGCUACGCGCGCUGGGCCGGCGCUGCGAGCAGCGGCGAGCUCAGCUUCAGUCUGCGCACCAACGCCACGCGCGCGCUGCUGCUCUACCUGGACGACGGCGGCGACUGCGACUUCCUGGAGCUACUGCUGGUGGACGGGCGCCUGCGGCUGCGCUUCACGCUCUCGUGCGCCGAGCCCGCCACGCUGCAACUGGACACUCCAGUGGCCGACGACCGCUGGCACAUGGUGCUGUUGACCCGCGACGCACGCCGCACGGCCCUGGCGGUGGACGGAGAGGCCCGUGCCGCCGAGGUGCGCUCCAAGCGGCGGGAGAUGCAGGUGGCUAGCGACCUGUUCGUGGGAGGCAUCCCACCCGACGUGCGACUCUCGGCGCUCACGCUCAGCACAGUCAAGUACGAGCCGCCCUUCCGCGGCCUUCUGGCCAACCUGAAGCUGGGCGAGCGACCCCCCGCGCUGCUGGGCAGCCAGGGCUUGCGCGGCGCCGCUGCCGACCCGCUGUGCGCCCCCGCGCGCAACCCCUGUGCCAACGGUGGCCUCUGCACCGUGCUGGCCCCCGGCGAGGUGGGCUGCGACUGCAGCCACACGGGCUUCGGCGGCAAGUUCUGCAGCGAAGAGGAGCACCCCAUGGAAGGUCCGGCUCACCUGACGUUAAACAGCGAAGUAGGGUCCUUACUGUUCUCCGAGGGGGGGGCCGGGAGAGGAGGAGCCGGCGAUGUGCACCAGCCGACAAAAGGCAAGGAGGAGUUUGUGGCAACCUUCAAAGGCAAUGAGUUCUUCUGCUACGACCUGUCACACAACCCGAUCCAGAGCAGCACGGACGAGAUCACGCUGGCCUUUCGCACCCUGCAGCGCAACGGGCUGAUGCUGCACACGGGCAAGUCAGCCGACUACGUCAACCUCUCCCUCAAGUCCGGGGCCGUCUGGCUGGUUAUCAACCUGGGCUCGGGAGCCUUUGAGGCCCUUGUGGAACCCGUCAAUGGCAAGUUCAACGACAACGCCUGGCACGACGUCCGGGUCACCCGAAACCUGCGCCAGCACGCAGGCAUUGGACACGCUAUGGUGACCAUCUCCGUGGACGGGAUCCUGACCACCACAGGCUACACGCAGGAGGAUUACACCAUGCUGGGCUCUGACGACUUCUUCUACAUCGGGGGCAGCCCCAACACGGCCGACCUGCCGGGCUCGCCCGUCAGCAACAACUUCAUGGGCUGCCUCAAGGAUGUGGUCUAUAAGAAUAACGACUUCAAGCUGGAACUGUCCCGCCUGGCAAAGGAAGGAGACCCCAAGAUGAAGCUGCAGGGGGACCUGUCAUUCCGCUGUGAGGACGUGGCGGCCCUGGACCCUGUGACCUUCGAGAGCCCUGAGGCCUUCGUGGCGCUGCCCCGCUGGAGCGCCAAGCGCACUGGCUCCAUCUCCCUGGACUUCCGCACCACUGAGCCCAACGGGCUGCUGCUCUUCAGCCAGGGCCGGCGGGCCGGGGCCGGGGCCGGCAGCCACAGCACUGCCCAGAGGGCCGACUACUUUGCCAUGGAGCUGUUGGACGGCUACCUCUACCUUCUGCUGGACAUGGGCUCAGGGGGCAUCAAGCUUCGGGCCUCCAGCCGUAAGGUCAAUGACGGCGAGUGGUGCCACGUGGACUUCCAGAGGGACGGGCGCAAAGGCUCCAUCUCGGUGAACAGCCGCAGCACGCCCUUCUUGGCCACCGGGGAGAGCGAGAUCCUGGACCUGGAGAGCGAGCUCUACCUGGGCGGUCUCCCUGAGGGCGGGCGGGUGGACCUGCCCCUGCCCCCGGAGGUGUGGACGGCGGCACUCCGGGCCGGCUACGUGGGCUGCGUGCGGGACCUCUUCAUCGACGGGCGGAGCCGCGACCUCCGGGGCCUGGCGGAGGCGCAGGGGGCUGUGGGCGUGGCCCCCUUCUGCUCCCGGGAGACGCUGAAGCAGUGCGCCUCGGCUCCCUGCCGCAACGGGGGCCUCUGCCGAGAGGGCUGGAACCGCUUCGUCUGCGACUGCAUCGGGACCGGCUUCCUGGGGCGGGUGUGUGAGAGAGAGGCUACGGUCCUGAGCUACGACGGCUCCAUGUACAUGAAGAUCAUGCUGCCCAACGCCAUGCACACCGAGGCGGAGGACGUGUCUCUGCGUUUCAUGUCCCAGCGCGCCUACGGGCUCAUGAUGGCCACCACCUCCAGGGAGUCUGCUGACACCCUGCGUCUGGAGCUGGACGGGGGCCAGAUGAAGCUCACUGUCAACCUCGACUGCCUGCGCGUCGGCUGCGCACCCAGUAAAGGGCCUGAGACGCUCUUUGCGGGGCACAAGCUCAAUGACAACGAGUGGCACACAGUGAGGGUGGUGCGGCGUGGCAAGAGCCUGCAGCUGUCCGUGGACAACGUGACCGUGGAGGGACAGAUGGCCGGAGCCCACACGCGGCUGGAGUUCCACAACAUUGAGACGGGCAUCAUGACGGAGCGGCGUUUCAUCUCCGUGGUGCCCUCCAACUUCAUCGGGCACCUGAGCGGGCUGGUGUUCAAUGGCCAGCCCUACAUGGACCAGUGCAAGGACGGCGACAUCACCUACUGCGAGCUCAACGCUCGCUUUGGCCUGCGUGCCAUCGUGGCUGAUCCCGUCACCUUCAAGAGUCGCAGCAGCUACCUGGCGCUCGCCACGCUCCAAGCCUACGCCUCCAUGCACCUCUUCUUCCAGUUCAAGACCACGGCCCCCGACGGGCUCCUUCUGUUCAACUCGGGCAACGGCAACGACUUCAUUGUCAUCGAGCUGGUCAAGGGGUACAUCCACUACGUGUUUGACCUGGGGAAUGGCCCGUCCUUGAUGAAGGGGAACUCAGACAAACCAGUCAAUGACAACCAGUGGCACAACGUGGUGGUGUCCCGGGACCCAGGCAACGUGCACACGCUCAAGAUUGACUCCCGCACUGUCACGCAGCACUCCAAUGGCGCCCGAAACCUCGAUCUCAAAGGGGAGCUGUACAUUGGCGGUCUGAGCAAGAACAUGUUCAACAACCUGCCCAAGCUGGUGGCCUCCCGGGAUGGCUUUCAGGGCUGCCUGGCCUCGGUGGACCUCAACGGGCGCCUUCCGGACCUCAUCGCCGACGCCCUGCACCGCAUCGGGCAGGUGGAGAGGGGCUGUGAUGGCCCCAGCACCACCUGCACCGAAGAGUCUUGUGCCAACCAGGGCGUCUGCUUGCAGCAGUGGGACGGCUUCACCUGCGACUGCACCAUGACCUCCUACGGAGGCCCCGUCUGCAAUGACCCCGGGACCACAUACAUCUUUGGGAAAGGGGGGGCGCUCAUCACCUACACGUGGCCCCCCAAUGACCGGCCGAGCACGAGGAUGGACCGCCUGGCCGUGGGCUUCAGCACGCACCAGCGGAGCGCCGUGCUGGUGCGGGUGGACAGCGCCUCUGGCCUCGGGGACUACCUGCAGCUACACAUCGACCAGGGCACCGUGGGGGUGAUCUUUAACGUGGGCACGGAUGACAUUACCAUUGACGAGCCCAACGCCAUCGUGAGUGACGGCAAAUACCACGUGGUGCGCUUCACUCGAAGCGGCGGCAACGCCACCUUGCAGGUGGACAGCUGGCCAGUCAACGAGCGGUACCCGGCAGGCCGCCAGCUGACCAUCUUCAACAGCCAGGCUGCCAUCAAGAUCGGGGGCCGGGAUCAGGGCCGCCCCUUCCAGGGCCAGGUGUCCGGCCUCUACUACAAUGGGCUCAAGGUGCUGGCGCUGGCCGCCGAGAGCGACCCCAAUGUGCGGACUGAGGGCCACCUGCGCCUGGUGGGGGAGGGGCCGUCCGUGCUGCUCAGUGCGGAGACCACGGCCACCACCCUGCUGGCCGACAUGGCCACCACCAUCAUGGAGACCACCACCACCAUGGCCACCACCACCACGCGCCGGGGCCGCUCCCCCACGCUGAGGGACAGCACCACCCAGAACACAGAUGACCUCCUGGUGGCCUCGGCCGAGUGUCCGAGUGAUGACGAGGACCUGGAGGAGUGUGAGCCCAGUACUGCCAACCCCACGGGGCCUGGGGAGCGGGGCCCGCCGGGCGCAGUGGAGGUGAUCCGGGAGUCCAGCAGCACCACGGGCAUGGUGGUGGGCAUCGUGGCGGCCGCGGCGCUCUGCAUCCUCAUCCUCCUCUAUGCCAUGUACAAGUACCGCAACCGCGACGAGGGCUCCUACCAGGUGGACCAGAGCCGGAACUACAUCAGUAACUCGGCCCAGAGCAACGGGGCCGUGGUGAAAGAGAAGGCGCCGGCGGCCCCCAAGACGCCCAGCAAGGCCAAGAAGAACAAAGACAAGGAGUAUUACGUCUGAGCCUCCCCGGCACCGCGCCCCACUGCCAGCUGCCCCUCCCGGGAGGGCCCGGGAGGAGGGUGCGGCCUUCUCCUUGCCGGGCCCUGGGGACCUGCUCCCUGGCUGCCUCGGACUUCUCUCACGAAGAGGAAACGCAAAAAAAGAAAAAAGGAAAGGAAAACCCCGUGCUCGUCCCCUUCCUCCUGCCGUCUGUCUGGCGCCGAGUCAUGGUCCGUCCUGGGGCUGUCCGUCCCUCUUAGCUCUGCGCCCGGCGGGCAGGGCACGUGCUCACAGCCCUGGGUUGAUUUAUUUUUUUAAGGGGGGUAGUUUUAUUUUGGUGGGGUUGGGCGGGAAGGAAGGCUGGGGGUUUUGUACAGUGUCCACUACUCGUCCUGUUCAUUUUCCUCCAUUUUUCUUCUUCCUCCCGCUGUCCCUCUUGCCUUCCUUCUCUUCCCAAGACCUCCAGUCCCCACCCCAGGCUUGCUGUGUCUCUCUGUCCCCACCCUCCUUCCCCGUUGAUCCUCUUGUGUGUGUCUGGUUUCUCCCUUCCUUUCCUCCCUUUGGGUUUCCAGAGUCGGUGGGAGAAGGGCGGGAGGGGGGGGCGGAGCGGCCCGGAGUGGGCGGGGCGAGGCGGGGCAGGGGGAGGCCCCAGACCUUUGGCUCCGCCCACCAGGAGGAGGUGCCUGCCGGGUGCCGCCCAGGGAAGGGGCUCCGGCCUGGGAAGAGCUGUUCUGCUGUGUGCCGCCGGGCGACGUGCAUUGAUGGGGAAGCUGCUGGAGGAGCAGGGUGGGGGGCGGGUGGGAGGGGAAAGGCAAAUGCAGAUAUAUAUUGAAGACAAAUAAUCUAGAUACCGCAAGCAGCGGCCUGUGGCACCCAUUGGGCGCGGGCAGCAGGGAAGAGAAGGAGCCAGGCAUUGCCCGUGGACUGCUGGGGUCACUUCUCUGCCCACAGGCUCCCUGCUCCCCCAGUUUUUUUUUUUUUUUUUUUUUUCCUCUUUGUUAACAAAUGUGUCUGAGUCUUGGAAAACACCCCAACCCCGGAAAUGUGUGGGAAAAGAAAACAAAAACUUUCCAAAUCCAA